AUGUCUAGCUGCCAGGAGCGGGGAAUCCUAGCCGUCAUUCGUUGCUGGCGGUUAGGGAACAUCCGGAUUCGCCUGAGAUCAUCAAUUUCGGUUGCUCGCUUUGCAGUGUGGGCUGCAGAUAAUAUGGACCCUCUGCGAGGCCAGACAUCAUCCAUGUGUUGGGAUGAUGCUUCCACAUGCGAAAAAUGGAGAUGGCCAAUCCCGCUGCGUAUCCCCAUGGGACAAGAAUUUGGGGCGUCAAAACUCCUUCUUCAGAUGCCCCUCUUGGGCGUUUCAAAUGUCAGCUUGAACAUCUCAAGGCACCAGGGGUUUGUGGAACAGGCAGACUUCGGCAGUUAG